GUCAACCGUAAACCGUAAACCGUAGCGCAAACUACUUCCCGGCGAGAUGAAAACGGUUAAAAUAGGGGUCGUCGAUCCUCCACUACCACCUGCAUAACCAGCUAGAAUAGUGGCCGUGAUGAGUCAACAGCCGAAAUAUACCUUAAAGAUGCCUAACAAAAAUUAUCAUUGGCCUGGAUUUUCAUUAUUGUUGAUUUUGUAGGCUUUGUGCUGAUUAUUACCAGUCUAUUCUACUCCACAUUCUACAAACUCAGACUCUCACGAUGGAUACUUAAAUCAACUAACUUCCAAUGCAAGUCUUCAUUCUCUUUGUGGUCUCUUCCUGCCCGUCCUUGUGUCCAUAUGUUCCCAGGGUAGCCACGACAGUUUUUACAAAGUAUAUUGGUUAAUCUGAAUGUCAAUAAUAUACCCCCCCUACUCUCUGGUAUUUCUCUAAUAUAUUGCGCCGUACUUCCAAUAGGCAUUCUCUAUCGUCAAUCCGAUUUCUUCAUAAUUAGUCCGCCCGAAGAAAGCUAUUCUCACCAACUUAUCGUCAUGGCUCAUCAAAACACUACGGAGUCCCAGUCGAAUGUUGGCAAUUCCCUUCGACGAAACCGCCUUAUGUUAGAUAUCAAGGAACUCAUGGAAAAUCCUUACCCCAAUAUCGCUUUUCACAUAAGCAACGACGACCUUUCGGUAGCAUGCCUGGUCCUUACGCCUUCUAACUAUAAACCCUUACACCUUACCGUGUAUUUUUCACCAAUGUAUCCUCUAGAUCCGCCACAAGUCAAAAUGAACUCAGACGUCCACCAUCCUAAUGUCUUUAAUGACUACAUAUGUGCCACCAUUCUACGGCGCACCGAUGAGCAUACACCGGCAUACACUCUGAAGGGUAUAGCCAUCCAACUACUUAGUUUCUUCUCCAGCGACACCAUCGAGCAGGACUAUGGCGGCGUCAGAAAGAACCUGUCUACAUUCAGGGCCGUGGAUAGGCAGUUGAUUGACUCGUUCACGUGUAACUACUGCUAUUUUGGACAAGCCCAAUGGAAAUCCCCUCGGAAAGCCGUCUCAUCGCAGCCUUAUGAUGCCCGCGUGAGUAAUAAUCCAGAUCAGUGGCCUACCCUUCACAGGGUUUGGAAACCGCGUCACCAACAAACCCAAAGCACCAAAUAUAAAGUAGAGAUACCUCCACCUGCGAAGGUUGCGGUUUGUGAAAUCGACCGUCUACCGACCGAACUGAUGCUGCUUAUUCUUGAGCAGCUAGACUUCGAGGAUUUGACAAGCUUUGCUGCCGCUUGGCCUAGGAUCAGUGACAUAGUCAGGGAGUUCGAUGUUAUCAGGCAGCGGGAGCUUCAAUGCUUCUGUCUCAAGCAAACUUACCAUUCCGUAAAUCUCGGCGUCGGUGUAUCGAUCGAGAGUGGCCAUAUUGCCUCAGAGUUUGACCUUCUUUCCCAGGAAGCCUACAGACACUGGAAUAUUCGUCUGUCUGUCAACAAUCUCCAUUUCGAUCACUGGCUUCCUUUACCUAUCUCUCCCGGGCAUUGGGGGAGGGUCAAGAAGUCCGUCAAAAUUGCCCUAGAUGCAAUGGUACAAAAGAUACCGAAUAAGGGGACUUUCACCGAAGCUCAAGUGCUGUUCACGUUUAUGACUGAUGUCGUCAUUCGACUUACCCAAGUAACAGACUCUACUACCAGCUGCGAUUCUUCCAGGACUAACCUUCGUCAUGCAUCGGAAAAGGCUAUUGAUUCAUACUUCCACCUGUUCCACCUGCUGGUGUGCCUUGCCACCGAGGAUCACACCCUGGUUGUGCAUGCAAACCGUUUACUACAGAACUUUAUAAGUGGAAAACGAUCCAAAGUGGAGUGUCCUAGUUUGGGACAUCUCCACAUUGCCUUGUUGAUAUCUGACGUCGAGGUUACGGAAGGGCUUAUAAAGGCCAUCAUCAUCGAAGCGAUUACGAGAAAUGUGGUCUGGCUUUUUGAUAAGAUAGGAUCCAACAUGCCCGAGCUGUCAUAUUUGGAGCGGGACCCGGUAUCAGCUUACCGCCUGGACCAGACUUUCAGGGGCUCGCGAACUUCUUAUCGAAUUCUGAUGUUCUCAGAGCUAUUCCGGCGCACGGCACGGCCUUCUCACAAGAAACCAUUGAGCCAAGUUCGCGACGAGUUAUUCGACCGCCAUGGCGCUCCGCCCCGCGGUGCCGCUCAACGACUAGCAGAGACAAUGCGGCGCCUACACACUAUCAAUGACUUUCCAUCUUUCCUCAGAGAGAUGGGAAUCCAAGAAAUACCGAACGCUCGGACUUUCACCGGCCUGCUGCGGAAGGCUGUGCAGUCCAGCAUGGAAAAGGGAUACUCCCAGCGGGGAGUACCAACCGAAUACGCACUUCUAUUACGCAUAGAGAAGGAUCCACAUGUGUCGAUGAGUGACGAGGAAGCCAGAUGGGUUGAAAGCCAUCGGCAUGAGUACGCCGCCAGCUACCUACAGAGCUUCUUUCCAAACAACAGGAAUCUAUAUAAUUACUAAACACGAAUAGGUUAGGUACCUAGUCAAGUUGCUCUUUAAGAGGUAAACCAUCUGUCUACCUGAGGUAUUUUACCUAUGUAGGUACCCACCCCGCUGAGGGUAUGUACUCUACAUAGCUUGGAGUGAGAGUCGUGAAAACGUUCCGAAGCUCUUCGAGGUAGUACAUCGGUAGUCGCCUUAUUCUGGGCAAAGGGAGCCGGCGCUGCUCGAUGCAGAUUUGGUGUUCAGGGAGGAGGUAGGUAACAACUAUUGUCCCAAGCCAUGACAGCAGUAAGCCAUUCCAUACGGGAAUGGAUAAAAUAAUAAAUAAAGUUAAACAAAAAAAAAACAUAUAAUUUCCUAUACAGUGAUACAGCACAUGAAGGUGAAUGUAGAGAAAAGAAAGAGAUAGGUGGUGACGAUGACUGAU